AAAGACAAAAACACAUCAAAAAACACCAAAGACUUUCCAUGGCUGGGAGAAGAGGCAGUGCAACGGUGGCGGCGGCGGUCCUCUGCCUUCUGGCGGUGGCGCUUCAUUGCGAGGUGGCUCAGGCCGCCAUUUAUGUCGUUGGUGGCCGUGGCGGUUGGACCUUUAACCUCUCCGGUUGGCCCAAAGGCAAGAACUUCAAGGCCGGCGACGUUCUUGUAUUCAACUACCAAAAGGGAGCUCAUAAUGUGGUGGUAGUGAACAAGGCAGGGUACAAUGGGUGUAGCACCACCCCAAGAAAUGCAAAGGUGUACACAAGUGGAAAAGACAGAAUUAGGCUUGUCAAGGGGCUUAACAACUUCAUUUGCACUCUUCCUGGUCAUUGUGCUUCUGGCAUGAAGAUUCAAGUAUCUGCUUCUUAAGCUGAUAUCGAUAACAAUAAGUUCGGAUUUUAUAGAUUCGAUAUCUGUUGUGUUUGUUGUAAGUUGGUUAUAUCUGUGCCACGAGUCUUUGGUGGUUUUGUUGGUGUUAUAUAGCGUAAGUAAACGAAUCACGGAUCCACUCGGAUUUAUAUCUGGUUUUAGAGUCUGUUUGUUGGUUUGUAAUAUGUUUGGUUAUAUCUAUAUUAUGAGCUUUUGACUAGUUUAUGACU